UCACUACGAGUCUUUUCUUAUCAGGAAAAAUUGAUGCGACUCUCACAAUCUCAUGGAAUUUUAAAGGCCGGAGAACAUGUAAAGGUCACGAUCUACAUAACCUCAUCUGAUGACUGGCCCCUUGAUCCAGCUGAAUAUUCUCGUAAACGUAUAAAACUGGUCGUGGAAAACCUGAAAAUUCCUGAAUACAUCCAACCGAAAAACAAGCUUGAAGGCAAGCGAAUGUCUCGAGAAAUCUUUCAUAACUCGGCUGCAAAUAACCCACUUCUUCGUAUGUUUACAAGAGUCAACCUUAUCCUCGUAACAGUCAGAGUUCAUAUUGGUCAGCAAUGGAACAGAAUAAUCUUUGUCCCUGUAAAAGCACUUAACACUGCUUCUUGCUGCAGCGAACACAAAUAUCCUUAG